AAGAUUGCAACUCAGGAACAAAGGUUAGUAGGGUGGCUUCAUCAGUGUAACAAAUUUACUUUCCCCACACUCCUCAUUUCUCAACACACCAACCUAAUAAUUUUCAUCAAACCACUCUCUGCAACUUUCCAAAUCACCCCAACAUCUUCCCUUUACUACUAUUCAGCACAAAAAAUCAAGGCAAUGGCACCACCAGAAGUUCCAGCUGAUGUGUUGCAGGCAACCAGCAACAGUACUACUACAGGCUACUCCAAGAGGGCCUUUGUGACAUUUUUAGCCGGUGAUGCUGAUUAUGUCAAAGGGGUUGUGGGUUUGGCUAAGGGCCUACGCAAAGUGAAGAGUGAAUACUCUCUUGUGGUUGCAAUAUUGCCGGACGUGCCGGAGGAGCACCGUGAGAUAUUACGGUCUCAGGGCUGUAUUGUCCAAGAGAUCGAACCUAUUUAUCCUCCUGAGAACCAGAUCAAGUUUGCAAUGGCCUACUAUGUCAUCAACUACUCGAAGCUCCGUAUUUGGAAUUUUGAGGAGUACAGCAAAAUGAUAUAUUUGGAUGCGGAUAUCCAAGUGUAUGAGAACAUAGAUCACCUGUUUGCCACGCCUAAUGGCUACUUCUACGCUGUGAUGGACUGCUUCUGUGAGAAAACUUGGAGUCACUCACCUCAACACAAAAUUGGGUAUUGCCAGCAGUGCCCUGACAAGGUUUCAUGGCCUGCGGACAUGGGCUCUCCUCCUCCACUGUACUUCAACGCCGGAAUGUUUGUGUUCGAGCCUAGCCGCUUGACUUACAACAGCCUUCUUCAGACACUGCAAGUUGUCCCACCCACCCCUUUUGCAGAACAGGAUUUCUUGAACAUGUUCUUCCAAAAGACUUACAAACCCAUACCAAAUAUAUACAACCUAGUUCUAGCCAAUCUUUGGCGCCACCCAGAGAACGUGCAGCUUGAUCAAGUAAACGUGGUUCACUACUGUGCUGCAGGAUCAAAACCAUGGAGGUAUACUGGCAAGGAAGCUAACAUGGACAGAGAGGAUAUCAAGGUCUUAGUGGCCAAAUGGUGGGAAAUUUACAACGACGAUUCCCUGGAUUUCAAGGCUGAAAACCCAGUAACUGCGGAGGAAGAAACUUUCUCAAAGCCGCUGUCGAUCAUGGUUUCCCUGCCGGAGCCAACCAUUCCAUACCUUCCUGCUCCAUCUGCUGCUUGAUCUAUAAUACAAUCUUGAGUGACUAAUUAUUAUUCAGAAGUUAAUUGUGUGAUCAAUGAUCCGUCCUUUUUUUUUGGUCUCAUACUUCUAUUAUAUAUAUACUCCUUUUUAAUUAAGUGGCUUCUGAUAGGCCUUGUUUUCUUGGUCGUGAGAGUUCAUAGAAAAAUCACAUACACAUAAGUGAAUUAAUGUAUUUGAGAGCUCAAUAAUACGUACUAAAAAUAUAUAUACAUGCAUGUUCUUUGUGCAUUUGAUCUA